UGCAAAUACAGCAAAUCUCUUUAAUAUUAAUUGCUUCUUUAACAGGUGUUGCUAAUAUACAGACUAGAAAACAACACCCUUCACCAACCUUAUCUACAGCUAGCAGUAACAGCAGCACAUCGGAAGGAAAGAAGUCAGUUAACACAGGACAAAAGUUUGGUGCAGAAUCACCUCAGGCUGUUAGGAAAUUAUUAGCUCUUUCUGACCACACCAAGCUUCGCCCUUACCAACCUACUAGACACUCUCAUUCUCCCUCACGCUCUCCAAAUAUGGCUCGACGAUGGCAAGAGAAUGGGCAUAACCACGGUCGCUCUCACAGUGACACCCACAGCCCAUCUAAGCUUCCAGUAGAUCUAUCAGCAGAGAGUUCUAGCGUGACUGGUCUAAAGCAACUUCCACUACGUAAAUCACAGACAUCGGGAUCAGUCACAUCGACAGACAGCAGCAGUGGAGGAAGCUUUCAGUAUCAACAUAGUUACGAUGUGGACUCUAGUAAUAAUUCUGUAGGUUUUGACAACCAUAGCAACAGCUCUAUUGGAUCAUCAAACUCACCUCUGCAACACCAGCAUUUUCACUAUGUUUCACACUCGCCAGCUAUUAUUCCGAUGAAAACAAGUACUCCAUACAUUCCUCAAGGAGUCCAGGUACUUCCACCAAUUCCUUCUGGACUUGCUGGUCUUCCAUCAACCCCAGCCUUAAUGCCUCCACUCUAUCCUACAAACAACAGCUCACGCUAUUCACUGAUUCAUGGACAGAGGCUCUUAGACUAUCCACACUCAUCUAAGGUCAUGUCACGUGGACGUCAUAAAGCCCAUUUAGCUCGGGCUCGUAGUCACGAUGGUAUGACAUUUGUGGGUUACUAUAAUGAAGAUAUUACAGACCCUGAAGAUGAGGAUGAAGAAACUCAAGUGUCAGCUGUGUAACUAGAAAGUAUCGGAAAUCUCUUGUAGCAAGACUUGGAUUGUAAAUUGUUCCUUGUUUUAUACACGUUCACAAGUCUGAGCAUGCAAGGUGUACUUCUGAUGUUCAAAGGUGGAAAGCAUUAGUCUUAUUAAUGUAUUACUAUGUGUAGUAGAGCGACAGUUACUAAAAGAACCCUUACUCUUCAACCCUUUCAGUAUGAUUUUAAAAGUUAAAUCCUUAUUAGGCCUUUACAAGGCACUUAAGGCUAGUGCUUUUGAACUCUGGUUCCAUUGAUACAGGCCAAUGAGAAUGGUGAUUCAUUGACCCUGAACAGGAUGCCGGUCCGUCAUACAGCUGUGUAGACUGGAACAAGGUGCUUUGCUCAAGGACACAACAGCACGAUGUGGGCUAGUCUCAAAAUUCACAACCACCCAACUACGAAUGUAUAGCCACGCUGCCCACUUUAAUGUCCUUAAAAUGAAAAUGGUACAAGUGACCUAAGGACUGGAGUAUCACCUUCAAAAUAUCUUUAUGGAUUGUAUGGGUCCUACCACUCCCGCACAAAUAUAAGCCAAUAGUACUGAAAGGGUUAAUGAUUUCCAGUCAAUGGUGUAUUGUUUUCCUACGGAAAGGAUAUAAAUUUCCAUCUAGAUAUUGUGUAUUAUUGUUGUAAUAUUCAGUUCAAGGCUGGUGUAUUCAAUACUUGUACGUACUGUAUAUUGAGCAUAAUUUGGUUUCCCCUUUUGCUUUGUAUAUAAGUUAUUAGUAUGAAACGGACAACGUUUAUAGUAAGAUUCAUGAUAUAGAAGACGAUGUUGUGAAAACACAGCUUCAUGACUGUGAUCUUUAACUUGGAGGUGGACAGGUUGAGCGUUUCUCGAAAGUGUACAAUGUAUAUAAUUAUAGUAGUGUGAAAGAUGUUUUUUCUGUGAAUGUUUAUUCUUUUAUAAGUAGCUAAUUGUAUAAAGUAAUUUUUACCUUUCGUGCAAACACCAAAACAGAGAGUUCUAAAAAAGGAAAUGCACGUUUUGUUUCUAUACUUGAACAACUUUUUAUUACGGCCCAAAAGAAAUUUGUAUGAUGGAAUUGUAAAAAUGUAUUUUUCUUUUGGCAGAAAAGAUAAAACUAUUUAAGUUGAGCCCAAAAGUGGGAUGUGUUGUUAAGUAAUCAUUAGUUUUGUACAUGAAAUGAUAAACUACCCACUGUCUGAACAAAUCAAGUUUAUUGAAACCAUACUUUUAAUCUCACCCUAAAAGUUAAAACCACCACAUUUACAGUGAAACAAAAAAAAUCUGGUUUAGUUGAUACUGAAGUUUAUCUAUGUAAUAGUGAUUACUGAACUUAAAUCAACAUUUUUAAUUUAUUACGAAGAAGCAGAUCAAACAAUUGUUUCUAGUGUUUUAAUUAACCAAGAACUAAGAUACUUUAAACAUAUUUCCCAUAUUUAAUUAGUAGAAUGUACAAGCUAGUAAUGAUUAGAAUUGGUGAACGCCGGAGAAAAUAAGUGAAUUAUUAAUGCAUUUCUGUACAGAAACUGAAGUUACAACGGAUACAACCACGUUGUUCAGUAUGAAUAAAAGGAUUUUUGUGAAAUCGUAA